AUGUGGAAGCCACCGAUAAACUUUCUCGCCCUGCAUUACGCGUGGAUUAUCACCCUCAGCGUUCUGAGCUUGGUUAUCAUUUAUCCUUAUGGUAAUCUGAAAGCUGCCGAUGCUUAUUUUUUCGGAGCCAGCGCGUCGACUGAGUCGGGUCUAAAUACUGUCGACGUCAAAUCUUUGAAGACCUACCAACAAGUGUACCUAUACCUCAUUCCGAUCCUAGGAAAUUUGGGAUUCGUCAACAUAAUCGUAAUUGUAUUUCGGGUUCGAUGGUUUGAAAAGCGCCUCAAAGCAAUCGCCCCGCAUCUUUUGAGGCCAGAUGCUCCCCCUGAAAAAGACGCAGAGGCACAGUUGAAGCACAAAAGAAGUUUGAGUAGCAAUGAUGAUGAAGCCCCAAACGAUAAAUUUAGCAGCCACGAAAUAGACGACUCGGAUAAAGAAAAGGCGCGUGUUGAGACUCGGGGCAAAUCUUCGAGGGUUUCCCUGGAAUUGAACGAUGCGAUAGCCGAUGACACAGCGGUUUCGAAUAUCAAUCCGACAAAGCAAAUCAUUACAUUCGCUGAAGACAAUCGGCCGUCUUCUGACAAGGAUAAAGCUCUGUAUAUUCCGCCUCCGUGGAAACGUGAAAGAGGUACAUACAAAUCAGGCUCAUAUCUUCCUCCGUUUCUCACGAAUACUAUACAGGUGCCUCGUUUUCUGAGAUUGAUGAAAGGCUUCAUGAUGAAGAUGAUGGUAAGUCCUGAUAAGGUGGCGCCUAAACGUAACUCCAAGUCAAUCGCUUCACUAACUUGGCUCAUAAAAGGACGAACCGAGAAAGUCCUUAGUCGUCGACCGACUACUCGAAGCAUACAGUCUCGUACUCACACCCUUGAGCGAGUUGUAACCUCCAUGUUUAUUUUGGGAGGCUCUCCUAGCUCUGACCGAGGGAUGCCGACCACAAAGCGGAGGGACAUAAAGCAGCUCGAUUUGCCGAAUAUGUCUUCACAAGCUACAAUAGGCCGGAACUCUCAGUUCCAUAAUCUGUCUGCCAAAGAUCGGGAAACACUCGGCGGUAUCGAGUAUCGAAGCUUGAAGCUCCUGUUGAAAAUUGUCGUUGGAUAUUUCUUUGGUCUGCAUCUCUUCGGUGCAAUCUGCCUUGUGGGGUGGAUUCUGCACGCGGAUCCGAAAUACCGUGACUACCUUUCUGAAUGUGGGCAAGGCAAUGUUUGGUGGGGCUUUUACUCCGCUCAGACGAUGAUUGACAAUCUUGGCUUUACUCUAACGCCAGAUUCGAUGAUUUCGUUUCAAGAUGCGACCUUCCCAAUGAUCCUUAUGAGUUUCCUUGCAUUUUCCGGGAACACUUGUUAUCCGUGCCUUCUUCGACUUAUUAUCUGGAUUUUCUACAAGUUUUGCCCGGCUAAAUCCUCACUUAAAGAUCCACUCAGAUUCCUGCUCGAUCAUCCGCGACGGUGUUAUACGCUGCUUUUCCCAAGUGGGCCGACGUGGAUUCUCUUCGGAAUCUUAUUCCUUAUGAACUCGAUCGAUGUUAUUCUCAUUAUUGCGCUGGACUUGAACAAUCCCGCCGUGAAUAAUCUUGCACCUGGUCCUCGAGUUCUCGCUGCUAUUUUCCAAGCCGCAUCGUCGCGUCAUACGGGUACAUCGACUUUCAACUUGGCUGAUGUGAGCCCAGCCGUCCAAUUCAGUUUGGUGGUCAUGAUGUAUAUUGCAAUUUUUCCGAUUGCGAUUAGCAUCAGAGCUUCCAAUGUUUAUGAAGAAAAGUCGCUGGGUGUGUAUACCACUGACGGUAACAUGGACGAGCAUAAUGGCCGGUCUUACAUUAUCAAUCAUAUUCAGAACCAACUGACCUUUGACUUGUGGUACAUUUUCCUCGGCAGCUUUUGCAUCUGCGUCGCCGAGGCCGGUAAGAUCGCAGAUACGUCAAUUCCAGCCUUUUCUGUAUUUUCUGUGUUAUUCGAAGUUGUCUCGGCAUAUGGCAAUGUUGGACUUAGUCUUGGGUAUCCAACCGUUUCUACAUCUCUAUCUGGAAAGUUUACCGUUUUCAGCAAGCUUGUCGUUUGUGUGAUGAUGAUCCGAGGCCGUCACCGUGGAUUGCCCUACAAGCUCGACCGUGCCAUUGUUCUCCCAGGCGAACGCCUAGAAGAAGAUCACCCAGAUAGGGAUAAGGUUCAAACCAAGUUUGACUGA